AUGUUUCCUCAAUACGCACAACGUCAAACAGGAGGUGAAAUCGCCAUCUGGCUUUUAAUUACCGUUGGUGCACUUCUUAUUCCCAUCGUUGCCAUUGCUAUUUGUUGUAUACGACGUCAAUAUCGCGGUCAUUUCUCUCGUUCCGUUCUCUGCCAUGGAAUUCGUAUCUUGGUAAGAGGACCUCAAGUCAGUUUGAUGGCAAAUCAUACCCUGCGUAUGAUGAUGAACACGAAGCGGGCAGAAGCUCUACGUUCGUAUAACGGCCCUUAUGCGGAAUCGGGUCACGAAGAUGGAGACACGACGUCACGAACAAGUUCUUUAAAAAAACAACAUGUUCACUGGACUGUUGGUUCUGAAACUAAUCAAUCUUCUUCCAUAAAAAAGCAACCGUGGUCCGAUGAUAAUAUUCUAACAACUACAACUCUUACCGAAUCUCCAUCGUCUCAUCGUCGUUCAUCUGCUUUCAAACAUCUCAUUCAAACUGCGAUUAUUCCUGCUGGUUCGACUGUCCCGAGUACUGAUGCGAGCCAGGUUUUAGCUCUAUCAAAAGAAAUUGCAUCUAUCCCGACCGGAAAUGAUUAUAUUGUAUAA